UGUUCUUUGUCUAGGCAGCUAGGAGGAAUAGGAAAUGGAGAGGUACAGUAGCAGCAGUAAUAGGCUGUACUCAGGGCCUCUGUCUGCGUCUGGACAGAAGAUCCUAGCAGCUCUCAGAGCCCAGAGCCACAACCACUACUCUGACACAGCCAGGGCCCAAAGCUACAGACGGCAUGAGCGGUAUGACAGCAGACAGAGAGGGUACCAGUCAGAGGCCAGCUGGAGCAGAGGAACACAGGAGGAGAGGAGAGGGAGAGAGGCAGACCGGCCUUGGUCCAGACCCCAGUCCUAUUCCCAGUCUUCCUCCUCAUGGGACGCUGCAUCCCAGAGGGACUACUCUCAGACCCCAGCACUGUCCCAGGACUCUGCCUCCUCUUCUACCCACAGAAUGAGGUACCCUCUGGCCCUCCACACGCCCUCAAACAAGCCUCACUGGAGAGACGCUCCUGAAGAGACAGAACCCACCUUCUCACUCCACUUCGCCUUGGAGGACCAGGGCCCUUCCAGACCACCCUUGCCCAGAGUGGAGUACCAAAGAGAAAAGCCAACUGGGGCCUGUGGACCACCAUUCUCCAGAGCUAAUGUUAGCGUAGCCCCAAAGAACCACGUAAAAAGCCUAGAAACUCAAAGUGAAGGCUGGCACUUACGCAGUGGAGAUGGGGAAUGGCAAUGCCCUGAACAAAGCCAAGAAGAAACCUCCAUAGCCCCAGAGGACCAAAGAGAGAGGCUGGCUAAAGCCAAGCCCAUUGAAGUAGCCUUAGCUGGUGGAGGAGAUGCUGACCGUCGGGCCCCAGUGCCUGUUACUAAAUGGCAGUUUGGGAGUAUAGUACUGCCUCCACCUCAGAGAGCUUACAAGGCCGAAGAGAAGGCAGACUCUGACAAAAAGAGACCAGCGAGAGGGCUGUUACUUCUUGCAUCAGAGAGUGAGGACUUCACAAUGAAGGACAUGGACAGUGGUCCGAGCUUUGAACUAAUAAUGGAGGAUGACAUUGGAGAAAGUUGUGCAUUGGAGAAGGAUAGCUUUGGAGCAAGUCACACAGUAGAAAGGGAUGGCUUUGGAGCAAGUCAAGGUUUGGAGAGGGAUGGCUUUGGAGCAAGUCACACAGUAGAAAGGGAUGGCUUUGGAGCAAGUCACACAGUAGAAAGGGAUGGCUUUGGAGCAAGUCACACAGUAGAAAGGGAUGGCUUUGGAGCAAGUCACACAGUAGAAAGGGAUGGCUUUGGAGCAAGUCACACAGUAGAAAGGGAUGGCUUUGGAGAAAGUCACACAGUAGAAAGGGAUGGCUUUGGAGCAAGUCACACAGUAGAAAGGGAUGGCUUUGGAGCAAGUCACACAGUAGAAAGGGAUGGCUUUGGAGCAAGUCACACAGUAGAAAGGGAUGGCUUUGGAGCAAGUCACACAGUAGAAAGGGAUGGCUUUGGAGCAAGUCACACAGUAGAAAGGGAUGGCUUUGGAGCAAGUCACACAGUAGAAAGGGAUGGCUUUGGAGCAAGUCAUGCUUUGGAGAGGGAUGGCACUGAGGGUGACGUCACUGGGGGCCACAGGGACAGCACAGAAAGCCAAUGUGUAGUUGGGUUAGUUGAUCAGCAGGGGGCGCUGCAUGGAGACACAGCCCAGUCAGAGGAGGAGAUCGUGACAGGAGGAGGACCAAGGGAGAACCUCAGCGAGAGAGACCCCUUUAAGAGGAAACGGCUCUUCAGUGAUAUGACUACUGACAACCAGAGAGGGAUGGAGGGAAGUGUGGAGAGGGAGAGAAAGGAUGACAUCAAUAAAGGAGGGUUGAAGAAAAAGAUGGAGAGGAAGAAUAGCAGGAGUAGUACCAAACCCCACCAGCAGAGGAAGGUGUCACCCUCACUGGGGCAGAUGAGGGAUGGAGAGGGCCAGGGGGUGACAGAGACGGAUAGUCACCCAGAAGAGAGAAGGAACAUGGAUGGGCCAUUGGUGACAGCUGCACAGAGGAACAGUGGAGGAAACACAGAACCCUUAGCUGCUGGACAUUUCAUUCCAAAGCCGUCUCAGGAGGGUGGGAGAGUAUUCAGAGCCCCCACUCUGCGGGGCACCUGUCUGGGACAGACCUCCCUGGCUACUAAUCAUCACAACGACACUCAGGCUGGUGAUGGAGGCUCCAGAGAGAGGGGGUUGACUACAGAUCCUGCACUAACCAACCCCUCUCUUGCUGGGCAUGGAAGGGCCGCAGGGCUGGGGUCGGGCCUGACCUCUAUACGUGCAAGUGGUGUGGAGGAGAGCAGCGGCCAUCACCCUCUCCUCUCUGCCCAACAACCGCCCCUGACCCCUACCUUCUCCCUCAAAAGUAAACACGGCACCCCUCUGCCCAAAAUCGCCCUUUUCAGGCGGCCGGUGAAAUGGGAACCCCCCCAGUCCUGUCAGGAAAAAGCAAGGACCUUGCAAAGGGGCCAGGAGUGGUGCAAAACCCAAACCCCCAAACACCCAGACCUGACCCCAGCCUUUAGCCUAGACCCCCGAGCCAAGACCAAGACCCUCCACAAGACUGAGGGGACCAAGAGUGUUGCUCUAACCCCUAACCCCCCACAUCGACCCCCAGCCAACCCAGUUAGGCCAAAACAGGGGGUCCCAAUGGGGGAGAGGGGGCUUGAAUCAACCAGGGACCAUUCUAGUUCAGACACUCCUCAGCAUAGAUCCUCCAAAACCCCCAAACCACCCAAGCCGAAGCGGGCCAAACCUGGGCCUAACCAGUGUCAACUCACCCCAGAAACUGAACCAGAGGGGGGAAGCGGUGCCGGUGACCCCCGUGCCCAGUCCAACCAAUCCAAAACCUGUCUGACUACAGCCAUGAUCUCUGACCCCAGAGUAAGGGAUGCUGGGAAGUUGAGUCCUGAAGAGAGAGGCAGGGUGCUGGAGGAGGCAGGGCAGGCCAGUGCGCUGGUUCUGACCAUGGUCUACCAGGACGGAACCACUCAGAUGGACCCAGAACAGAAGCUCAGUCCGUCAGUGUGUGGGGUGCUGGUGAUGUUGAAAAGAGAUCUGAACCAGACUGGACCAGAGGAGGGGGUGGCACAACGAGACAGUCUGGUCUACCUCAGACUGGAACAGAAACCUGCAUGGGCCCAGAGCCACCAAGACCACAACCUAGACCUCUUCAAUAGAGAGAUGCUGCUGCAGGUAGUGUCAGGGUCUCAACUGGUGGUGUGUUACAAGGCCAAAGACCUGCUCCGUACAGCACUGCAGCACUACAGACCAGACCUACACUGGAAACAAUUCUCAUCUUGUCGCAUCCAGGACCCCCAGGUAGCAGCCUGGCUAUUGGACCCAGCUGACCCAUCUUCCUGCUUCACCAACCUGCUCACCAAACACUGUAGGACACCCUCCAGAACCCCCACACCUGCCCUGGGGGCAAGGAAGGUGUACCAGGUCAUCUCCAGUCUGUCUCUGCUCUACCAGCUGAAUAUGGAGCUACGCUCUAAACUACAGAGCCAAGGUCUGUGGGAGCUGUACUCUAACAUGGAGCUGACUAUGAUCCCUGUGCUGGCAGCCAUGGAGAGCCACAGGAUCCAUGUGGACACGGAGUCCCUAAAGACAACAUCAGAGAUGCUGGGGACUAAGAUGAAGCAGCUAGAGCACGAGGCCCACCAGGCGGCAGGCCAGAUGUUUCUAGUGACCAGCAGCACCCAGCUCAGGACGGUUCUGUUUGAAAAGCUGCAUCUGCAGGAGCGCUGUGAAAACAAGAAGCUCCCCAAGACUCUCAACAAACAACAGCAGUCUACAUCUGAGGCUGUUUUGUUGCAGCUCCAGGACCUGCACCCCCUGCCGAAGAUCAUUCUCGAAUACAGACAGGUUCAUAAGAUCAAGUCCACCUUCGUCGACGGGGUUCUGUCUUGUAUGACGAGUAAGAACUUCAUCUCGUCCACAUGGUACCAGACCAGUGCAGUGACUGGAAGAAUCUCUGCCAAACACCCAAACUUCCAGGCCCUCCCAAGGCAGCCGGUGCAGAUCACUAAGAAGCAAUAUGUUCAAGGAAAGGAAGCGGAGGUGGUGACGGUUCACCCACGGGCCAUGUUCAUCCCCCAGGAUGGCUACACCUUCCUGGCUGCAGAUUUCUGCCAGGUGGAACUGCGUCUGCUGGCUCACCUCUCGUCAGAUCCUGAGCUGCAGAGGAUCUUCAACAACCCACAGGCCGACGUCUUCACCAUGCUGGCCUCACAGUGGAAGGGUGUGAGUGAAGGAGAAGUGAGUUCAGAGGAUAGAGAGCAUGCCAAGCGUAUCGUAUACUCUGUGGUGUAUGGAGCAGGUAGGGAGCGUCUGUCGGGCAUCCUGGGUGUUACUGCUGAACAGGCCAGCCACUUCCAGGACAGCUUCCUCCACACCUACAGAGAGGUCCAGACCUUCAUACACACCACCAUCCAGCAGUGCCACAAACAAGGUUACGUGGUGUCUAUUAUGGGCCGGCGAAGGACACUUCCUCACAUCCACUCUACAGACUGGGGAGUCCGCAUGCAGGCUGAGAGACAGGCCGUCAACUUUGUGGUCCAAGGGUCAGCUGCUGACCUGUGUAAGAUGGCCAUGAUCCGUAUCUUCUCUCAAGUCUCCUCCUCCAGCUCUCUCUCUGCCAGGCUGAUAGCUCAGCUCCAUGACGAGCUGCUCUACGAGGUGGAGGACUCUCAGGUGGGGGAGUUCGCAGUGUUGGUCAAGAACACUAUGGAGUCCCUGCAACACAUCGAUUGUCUGGGAGUUCAUCUCAAAGUCCCCCUGAAGGUGGCGGUCUCAAGUGGCAAGUCCUGGGGCUCCAUGUCCGAACUACACCUCCCCCAAACAUCUCUCCCCGCCUCUUCCUGAGUCCCUCUCUCCAUCUCUUACUCUAUCUCUCUCCCUCAUUGUGCUGCAUCUCCAUCGCUAUGGAAACCAGGCAGCUGCAGCUCCUCCAAGCUCCCAAUUCUCCUUCUCGCUCCCUCUCUCUCUAUCCAAUUCUCUUCCUCACACACACACCCCUCUCUCUCUCUCUCUCUGCCCGUAUCAGGGGCAACGGCAGGAGCCUCCCACUGGAACGCAUCAGUUUUUUUUUUUUCAACCUCCCUCCAUUUUGUGGAAUUGUAGUCUUCCUCUCUUCACAUUUUUCUGUUCUCACCCCUCUUCUUUAGAUUUUUGGUUUCUUUCUUCCGUUGCCAAGGCAAAACCACACUUUGAGAAAUUUGUUUGGCACUGUUGCCUUUUUAAAAGUAUUUCUCAGCUAAAGUAAAUAUACCUCAUUAGCUAGAUAACAGUCAGAGGUUUUUUUUAAGGUUCUAUACUGUUUGAUUGUGUUUAUUAACUGAUAUCCUGUCUGAAUUUCCUAUUAUUGCAUUAAUUGUCAAGUAAAGCUGGACUCGUCAAUGUAUUUCUACAAUAAAGUGAAAAGAUCUAGUCUUUGCAUUUCUUUAAUAAACUUAUAUUUUUUUAUUAAACCUC